UGAGCGCGCGUCUGACCGACCCUCAACUACAAUUCCCAGAACGCACCGGAAAAGCGCUCGGGAUGUCCCGUUAACGCCCCUCUUCCCCAUACUCAACGGAGACCCGAGACUAGAGCCACCGUCAGGUUGCAUAGACUCAUCAAACUAUGACCACUUCAGAGAGCUGGGUUCUUAGUGGUUCUUCUUUAGUAUCCCAAGUUCACGCUGCUGCUGUUAAUGGAGAUAAGGGUGCUCUACAAAAACUGAUAGCAGGAAACCGUGACCUAAAAGACAAAGAAGAUCAAUUUGGGAGAACCCCACUCAUGUACUGUGUGUUGGCUGAUCGCGUUGACUGUGCAGAUGCCCUCCUGAAGGCAGGAGCAGAUGUUAAUAAAGCUGAUCACAGCCAGAGAACAGCACUCCAUCUUGCAGCACAAAAGGGAAAUUAUCGUUUCAUGAAACUCUUACUCACUCGGAGGGCAAACUGGAUGCAAAAGGACUUAGAAGAAAUGACUCCACUGCAUUUGGCAACCCGACAUAAAAGCCCUAAAUGUUUGGCUCUUUUGUUAAAGUUUAUGGCACCAGGAGAAGUGGAUACACAGGACAAAAAUAAGCAAACAGCUCUGCAUUGGAGUGCCUAUUACAAUAACCCGGAGCAUGUGAAGCUUCUAAUCAAACAUGAUUCUAAUAUUGGAAUCCCUGAUAUUGAAGGAAAGAUCCCACUUCACUGGGCAGCUAACCACAAAGAUCCUAGUGCAGUCCACACUGUCAGAUGCAUUCUGGAUGCUGCUCCCACUGAAUCUUUACUGAACUGGCAGGACUAUGAAGGAAGAACGCCUCUGCAUUUCGCAGUUGCUGAUGGGAAUGUGAUGGUGGUUGACGUUUUGACCUCCUACGAAAGCUGCAACAUAACAUCUUAUGAUAACUUAUUUCGGACGCCUCUUCACUGGGCUGCCUUACUUGGUCAUGCACAAAUUGUCCAUCUUCUUUUGGAAAGAAACAAGUUGGGAACCAUUCCAUCUGAUAGUCAAGGAGCAACGCCACUCCAUUAUGCAUCCCAGAGUAAUUUUGCAGAGACAGUGGAAGUAUUUUUGAAACAUCCCUCAGUGAAGGAUGACUCAGACCUCGAGGGAAGAACAUCCUUUAUGUGGGCAGCAGGAAAAGGCAGUGACGAUGUCCUUCGGACAAUGCUGGGCUUAAAACUGGACAUUGAUAUCAACAUGACAGAUAAAUAUGGAGGUACAGCUUUACACGCAGCCGCCCUUUCUGGCCAUGUCAGCACCGUGAAGUUAUUAUUGGACCACAAUGCUCAGGUGGAUGCUACAGAUGUUAUGAAGCAUACACCACUAUUUCGAGCCUGUGAAAUGGGGCACAAGGAAGUCAUUCAGACACUAAUAAAAGGUGGAGCAAGGGUCGAUCUAGUAGACCAAGAUGGCCAUUCUCUCCUGCACUGGGCAGCACUGGGAGGAAAUGCUGAUGUGUGUCAAAUAUUGAUUGAAAAUAAAAUCAAUCCAAAUGUUCAAGAUUAUGCAGGAAGAACCCCUUUGCAGUGUGCUGCAUAUGGGGGCUAUAUUAACUGCAUGGCCUUACUAAUGGAAAAUAAUGCAGAUCCUAACAUACAAGACAAAGAGGGCAGAACAGCGCUACAUUGGUCCUGUAACAAUGGAUACCUUGAUGCUAUAAAAUUGUUACUCAGUUUUGCAGCUUUUCCCAAUCAGAUGGAAAACAAUGAAGAAAGGUACACACCUCUUGAUUACGCUUUGCUUGGGGAGCACCAUGAAGUCAUUCAGUUUAUGUUGGAACACGGGGCUCUGUCAAUAGCAGCCAUCCAGGACAUUGCCGCAUUCAAAAUCCAAGCUGUCUACAAAGGGUACAAGGUCAGGAAGGCAUUCCAGGACCGAAAAAAUCUCCUAAUGAAGCACGAACAGCUGAGAAAGGAUGCUGCUGCCAAAAAACGUGAAGAAGAAAGCAAGAGGAAAGAAGGAGAACCCCAAAAGAGAAUAUCGAGCCCAAUCAAAUCCCACAUACAAGGACAACAGUUUCCAGAGAAGCGUAAUGCAGCAACCAAGCCUCCGCAGCUAUCCAGCAAACCCACUAUUCUCCCUGGAAAACAAUCAUUUUCUAGCAAUGCCUCUCCAAGCCAAAUGGGGAAAAGUCACAAGGGAUCCCCAAGAGUGUCUCCUGACAUAGCAUACAGAAAAGAGCAAUUUCUCUCUACAGAAAAGCAAGGAGAAAAUCACCGAAGGCAAAAAGAAUCAACCAGAGAGUAUUCGAAAUGCAAAGUUCCUUGUGUUCACUUCAGCCCCAAUGAAAGAGAUAAUGAACAACGCAAAGCUCAGAUGACCAUUUCUAGAACAGAAAGUGACAAAAGCAGAGAAUUGCCCUCUCUGAAAGGAAAGGGUGCUCCAAGGCAUCCCUCUUACACUAAGGCAAGCAGAGCUGGAGAGAGGUUAGAAGAUCCAAAGAUGACAGUGGCUUCUAGAGGGCAGUCCUUGGAAGGAACAGCAGCAAUGUGCUUGCCCAAUUCUAAUUGCCCAGAUGGAAAUUUGAGGCACCACAAAACACUAUCAAGGACCAAAAUGCACUCGAUGAAAGUGCUAAAGGGAGGGAGGGGCUCUCCAGCUGGUUCCAGUAGACCUGGAAGUGCCAGGGUAGAAACUGCCCACCCCCACCGAGGGAAUGAGACUUCAUAUAAUUGGGGCCAAAGAAGCAAGGGGACAGAUAAUGAAGGCAUAGGAAGAGUUUGCUCUGUGCUAUCAAGUAAAACAGGAUCGGCAAGAUCUGGACUCAAUAAUAUAGGAAUGCAGCCUAUGCCUGGUGACAGACUGAACUCAGUGAAGGCAAAAACAUCAUCCACAAACACAGGGGAUCACGUGUCCUUCUCCCCAAUGGGGCAGAAUUUGAAUAUUGAACUUCUCCCAUUAGAGAGCCGGCUAAUGAUCAUUGAAAAAGAAAGAACAAGGAAAGAGUUAUUCCGGAAAAAGAACCAUGCUGCUGCUGUGAUCCAAACGGCAUGGAGAAGUUACCAGCUAAGAAAGAAAUUGUCUGAGCUGUGCAGCAUCCAGCGACAAGGUGAAGAGGAAGACAAAUGGAGACAAGAGAGAGCUGCCUUUUCCUUCCAGGUUGCUCAGAAAAAGCAGCAGAACCCCAAGGGCUUGAAACCUGCAUCAUCCUGUAAAGCUCCCAAAUCUAUAAACAAGAGCAACUCCCUAAUGAAGCAGAAGAAGCAAGCUGUCCUCCAACAGAUCUACGGAUGCCCUCAGGAAGGGAGAGUCUAUCACCCCGCCAGACCUUCAGCAAAGCCUCCUCUCUCUGCCAUGCACUUACUUUCAGUAAGCAACUUGCAGUAUGUACACUUACUUGAGAAUGAUGGAAAAUUAAAGAACUUCUCUUACAACAUGAGACCAGCCACCAAGGUGAAAGCAAGAAAUCAAAAAUCCAGUCACUGAAGGAUUGGUCUUUAUGAGACGGGACAGCUUAAGCUUAGUUCAUUCUAUUAGCAGUCAUCCAAUUUUUAUACUUCAGUCACUUUAAAAAAUCUAGUUAUGAAAUGGGGCAAUGUUUACAAGAAGUUUAAAACUAGUUUCUGAGCAAAUUUUCUUGCUUAUUUUUUUUAAACCCUUACCUUCUGUCUUGGAGUCAAUACUGUGUAUUGGUGCCAAGGCAGAAGAGCAGUAAGGGCUAGGCCAUGGGGGUCAAGUGACUUGCCCAGGGUCACACAGCUGGGAAGUGUCUGAGGUCAUAUUUGAACUCAGGACCUCCCGUCUCUAGGCCUGGCUCUCAAGCCACGGAGCUCACCAGCUGCACCCUCUUGCUUAUGAAGUCAAAGCUAGAACAGUCUUUAAUACUGUUCCUAGUUUUAUAAAUGUUCUCAUGCUAGUUUGGGAAACUUAUUUGUCACUAGGAUUAUUGAGUCUAUACCAUUUGUCUUACUGAGAAAGACCAUGCCGACAGGAGAGUACGGUGACUACCAAAACCAAGGUGUAUGAGUAAUGACUGUCGGUCUACAACCUCCCCCAAGGACGGCUAAAUUGUCUUCUCUCAGAAGGGGGAUAUAAACCACAGUAAUAGUGCAUCCUAAAUAAGCAUUUUUGAACUGUACUGAAUGACAAUCCCUUUAAAUGAACUGUUGUUUUCAAAAGUCAGUAUCCUCAACAAUACAACUUCUACAACUUUGCCAAGUCCAUAUGCUCUCCUGAUAUUAUUAAAAUGCUUAACUUAAACAAGGAACAGGAUCUGAAGUUAUAACUCCAUCUUCAAAGAAAAAUCAAUUUGUUAAAUUUUUAAUUUUGACUGCGACUAAUAGUAAUAACAGCAUCCAUAUAACACUUAAAAAAUUUGCAAAGUGCCUUACAUAUUAAUUCACUUUAAAAUUAGUACUAAAAUGAUCAGACCCAAAGAGCAUCAUUUAACACGAACUUACACGUUCUAUAUUGGAAUACCCAAGGAUUUGUGCUAGUUGACAUUUUUUAUUACCUUUGCAAAGAAUUUUAGCACUUAUCACAUAAGCAAAAUGUUUCAAAUUUUUUUUAAUGGAAUCAGGACAAAAGUUUUGUACCCUGUGGAAAAUUAAAAACUAAAGCAUAGAGUUAAAAGCGUGUUGGUAUCCACCAGAUACACAUGAAAUGCAUCACAAAAUGAAUAACUAUUGAUCGUGAAGAAAAGAUCUAGUCACGUGUAGUGAUAAAGUCACAUAUCUGAAAUGCCGAUCUCGAUCCCUUCAUCGCCGGUUUAUCUCUAGGCUGCUACCCAUAUACAGUGAUAAUACAAAAUAACCUCAUCUCCAAUGUUCUCUGGUGAACACUCCCAAUUCUUAUAAAUUUGGUGCACGCUUGUUUACUCUGCCCUGAGCUGGGGGAAGGGAAAAAAGUUGUUCAAAAAUGAUCCCUCCAAUUUUGAACCUUAUCCAAGGCCUUUUUUACACAUAUCAGGAGACCCUCUUGAUCUUUGUAAACAACAGAUACAUAGGAAUGGUGAAUAGGGGCAUGAAAAGAGUUAACCACCUUCUAUUUCCUUCUCAAAAUGACUCUUUUAAUUGUGAAGGUUGCCACAAAAAAGGAAAAGUGCUAGGGAAUUUUUCUAGCUGCUUUUCUUAUUAAUUGUUGUGUGAAAGAAAUUACUUAGGGAACACUGAUCAAAAAUACAGAUUCUCACCCCGGUAUUCCUAUGAGCAUCAUGAUGCAACAUCACCAUGGAGGGAGGAACUAGUGGAGUUUACAGUUCAAAUGAGAGGACAGACGCUCUUUACUUAUGCUCUUGAACAAACUGACAUCCCAGGCUGGCACUUAAAGCUGUGAAGCAUGGUGGUGACCACACCAGUCUGAAAUCUGGGACCUGAUCUUUCCUUAAAUUAGCAAGGCUGAACUCUAUUCUCCUUCUCUCUUUAUUAAUAAAUGCUUAUAAAUCUGGUGAUGGGCCUCCAGAUCACCUUUUGUUACAUUGUGAAAUCAUAUUAACAACAGUAUUAGCUUUAGAACACUUUAUUAACCAUAAAUAAGAUUAGAAAAAAUUAUUAACUGAAUGUAUAAAUCUCAAAAGCCCAGAUCACCUAGAUUAACUAGUUAGAGGGCCUCUGCUACACACUACAGUGACAAAACACUUGACCCUAAUGGAGUAAGAAAAUAAUAUAUUACAGAAAAACCAUAUAAAACUCACCAUUAUGGUUUGGUCAUAUAGAAAAUUUGUUUGGAAUCAUAACAAUAUAUAUAAUUUUAACAUUACAUAUUGAAAAACAAACCUGAUGACCAAUGGAGUGGACAGUUCUACCUUUUUUUUUAUUUUAGCCCUUACCUUUCUUAAGGGUUAGGCAAUGGAGGUUAAGUAACUUGCCCAGAGUCACACAGCUAGUAAGUGUCAGGGGCCACACCUGAACCCAGAACUCAUCCAUCUCUAGGUCUGGCUCUCACUAAGCCACUUAGCAGUGCUCUCAAGCUCCACUUUUUUUUUUGGAGGUUGGGAGGACUUAAAUAGCUUUAAUAUGGUCUUUUAAGGUAACAUUUGAAAGAUUAAAAAAAAAACUAACAAAAGGAUGCCAAUUACACAGUUCCCAGCAAAAAGAGUGUAACCUGGGAAGAGUUCUUGGCUAGUUUCCCAUUUAAGCCAUUAGCAGUCAUAAAAUUAGUAUAAGCCUAAGAUAUUUCCAAAAUUUUAAGAUUGCUUAUUCCUUUUCUCAUUGAAGUAAUAGGAAAAUAUUUUAUAAGAAAUAAAAAACAGCAUGGAAACAAGUUGUAGCCCUCUUGUAGAGAAACACAACACAUACAUCAUCAGACUUAACAAAAUGGUAGGCUGAGUAAGAAUUUUGCUGCUUCAUCUUUCUCAAGGGCCAAAGAUAACUGCUCUGCAUCUUAAAUAGUACAUCAGAAAAAGUAAGAUGUAGUCAAAGGAGAAGCAGCUCCAAUUUUUAAAAGAGACUGUAUAUAUAGCAAGACUUGAAAUUGUCCUGCUUUUAGUCAUUUCUCUUCAUAUAUAGAUGAUGGUGCUAUUUGGUAUUUUGUGUUUUUUUAUAAAUAAAUAGUGAGAAAAAUACCCACCAUGAUUAUUGUCAUUUGUAACAAUGAAACAGGUAUUCAUUUCACUAUCACAGUAGGGGAAAGGAACACACACACACACAGCUUUCUUUAAAGUUCAGCUUUACUGACAAAUAUUUGUUCCAAUGUUUUUUUCAAAAUAAUACAGAAGUAAACAGUUUAAAAUUGUGUCUCCUCAACAGACUGUGCUAACUGCACCAGAUCCCUGUGGGCGGCUAGCCAGAUAAAUGUUGAAACAGUAAUGAAGGUCUGUAAGCCAUUGCUCCUGAACUCCUCCACUCUUCACUGUCUACAGGGGGAAAAAAAGAGAAAUUAGUUACCUUUUGUUCUACGUCUUGGCAGAUACUAUUUGUACAUAUAUGUUUUGUUUUGGGGUGUUUCUACCAUGUUUUUUAUUUGACACCCCAAUAUUACCUCCCAGGAGAUUCCUUCUUCUGCUAGCCAAUAAAGUCAUAACAGACCUAGCAGACAUUUCUAAUUUGUAAGCUCCACAAGGCCAAGAGCUAGUGCUUGUGAUCACUAGAAGAGUGCUUUGCACAUUAUUCAUUACAAAGUUUAACAAAGAAAAACUAAUAUUAUACAAAACUAAAUCUGACUUUCUGGGUUUAGAUAUCAUCCUACAGUGAAUCAGUAGAGGACAGUAACUUGACUUAUAUAAAUGAUUCCCUACCCCAAGUUCUUACAAUAUUCUCAGAGGAAAGUCCACACUAUUAAACAAAUUACUUUGUGAGUUUCUUCAGCCAUAAAAACCUUACCCAUACUUUAGUUCCAAUGCCAUUUUUUUUCUAGCAUCCUUCUGCCAAAUGAAUGCAAAUCUGCUUGUUGGCAUAUUGAAAGACUUUUCUCUCUCUCCUUGCUCUCUACCUCCAGUCCCCUCGGCUCUAGCCAAUGAAUUAAGGGGAAGGUAAGUCCCCUGAUUCCCCUGGAGGACUGCUAACAUGGACCUAAGACCACAGUGUGUACCUAAUCCAGAGCUAUUGUCAGAGAGAAGAUUUGAACUCUGGUAUUCCUGACUCUGGAACUAGCUCUCUAUUCACUAUACUCUCCUUGUGAAGUUAUUUCAAAGAGCAAAUGUAAUUAAAAUAAUCUUAGCAAUACCUGGUUGGGGGUGGUCAUGGUGAUGUCACUGAGCUUGGAUUGUUUGCCAACUAACAAAGACAAAAACCCAUGUGUCUUUUGAGUUUUUGAUACAUAUCAAAAUACUGACUUUUGUGAAGGAAAGGUAAUUUAUAAAAAUACUAUCUUCAAAUUACGAGAUACUAAUUUUCAAGAGCCUUUAAGCCUUUAUUUGUAAUCAGUGAAAAAGUCAUGUUAUUAAAAAAAGAUAUGUAAGUAUACUUCUUUCCCUUCUAUUCAGAGGAAAGGAAAUAUAAGCAAUGAAAGCUAUAUAUGUAAGAUUUGGGUUAUGUGUUCAAUAGCUUGCUGAACUGUUUCUCCCCAUCUUUUUAAAAAUUCUUUGCCAAUUUGGAACUAGGCCCAAAGGACGAUAAAAGAAUGUCUACCCUUUGAUCCAGCCAUAGCACUGCUGGGUCUGUACCCCAAAGAGAUAAUGGACAAAAAGACUUGUACAAAAAUAUCCAUAGCUGCGCUCUUUGUGGUGGCCAAAAACUGGAAAACGAGGGGAUGCCCAUCAAUUGGGGAAUGGCUGAGCAAACUGUGGUAUAUGUUAGUGAUGGAAUACUAUUGUGCUAAAAGGAAUAAUAAAGUGGAGGAAUUCCAUGGAGACUGGAACAACCUCCAGGAAGUGAUGCAGAGCGAGAGGAGCAGAACUAGGAGAACAUUGUACACAGAGACUGAUACACUGUGGUAUAAUCGAACAUAAUGGACGUCUCCAUUAAUGGCGGUGUAAUGUCCCUGAACAAUUUGCAGGGAUCUAGGAGAAAAAAUUCAUAAGCAAAGGACAAACUGAGGGAGUAGAAACACCGAGGAAAAGCAACUGCCUGAAUACAUUGGCUGAGGGGACAUGACAGAGGAGAGACUCUAAAUGAACACUCUAAUGCAAAUAUUAUCAACAUAGCAAUGGGUUCAAAUCAAGAAAACAUGUAAUGCCCAGUGGAUUUACGCGUCGGCUAUGGGGGGUGAGGGGAGGAAAAGAAAAUGAUUUAUAUCUUUAAUGAAUAAUGCUAGGAAAUGAUCAAAUAAAAUAUAUUUUUUUAAAAAUUCUUUGCCAAUUUGGAACUAGGCCCAAAGGGCAAUAAAAGACUGUCUGCCCUUUGAUCCAGCCAUAGCACUGCUGGGUUUAUACCCCAAAGAGACAAGAAGGAAAAAGACUUGUACAAGAAUAUUCAUAGCUGUGCUCUUUGUGGUGGCAAAAAAAUUGGAAAAUGAAGGGAUGCCCUUCAAUUGGGGAAUGACUGAACAAAUUGUGGUAUAUGUUGGUGAUGGAAUACUAUUGUGCUCAAAGGAAUAAUGAACUGGAGAAAUUCCAUGUGAACUGGAACAACCUCCAGGAAGUGAUGCAGAGUGAGAGGAGCAGAAUCAGGAGAAUAUUAUACACAGACUGAUACACUGUGGUACUAUCAAAUGUAAUGGACUUCUCCAUUAGUGGCAAUGCAGUGAUCCUGAACAACUUGGAAAGAUCUAUGAGAAAAACCACUAUCCACAUUCAGAGGAAAAACUGUGGGAGUAGAAACACAGAAAAAACAACUGCUUGAUUACAUGAGUCGAGGGGAUAUGAUUGAGGAUGUGGACUCCAAAUGAUCAUCCUAUGCAAACAUCAAUAACAUGAAAAUAGGUCUUGAUCAAGGACACAUGUAAAACCCAGUGAAACUGCAUGUCAGUUAUGGGAAGGGGUGAGGGGAAGGAAAGAAUAUGAUUCUUGUAACCAAGGAAUAAUGUUCUAAAUUGUCUAAUUAAAUAAAAUUUUCCAAAAAAAAAA